CAGACAAGUCACACCCGAGUUUCUCUCCGUGCGUGGAGGCUGCAUGUUCGCACUGCGUGACACUGAGUUAUGUGUUUUCUGGACUGGGAUUAAUAAUCGAUCCCGUCAAAGUAAACAUGUCUUCGCCUGGAGGCUGGAGAGAUGACGACGAUGCUGGACAACAACAACAACAGAGUUGCGCGGCGCAGGUGUCGCGUUUGCCCUUCAGCGUGGAGGCGCUCAUGUCGGACAGGAGGCAGCGGACUGUCACGGACAACCACGUCCACCCGGAGUUACCACAUCAUCAGUCUGUGUGUGUGAAAAAUGAACCCGAGGAACAAAGGGACAGAAUCUCUUGGAUACCAAGCCCCAUUAAGAUGUCCACACCACCCCGGCAGCUCAGUGCAGCAGUGUGUUCCCUGAGGAAGCACAAAACCAACCGCAAGCCUCGCACUCCCUUCACCUCCACACAGCUCCUGGCUCUGGAGAGGAAGUUUCGUCAGAAGCAGUACCUCUCCAUCGCAGAGCGGGCCGAGUUCUCCUCCUCCCUGUCUCUGUCCGAGACCCAGGUCAAGAUCUGGUUCCAGAACCGACGAGCCAAGGCCAAGAGGCUUCAGGAGGCCGAGGUGGAGAAGCUGAAAAUAGCAGCUGGCGUCGGACCAAAGACUGUACUGCACCCAGGUUUCUCAUCCUUAAGUGUCCCACUCAGUGUUAACCUGCAGGCAGGUUCAGCAGCACUCUAUGGACUGGGCUACUCGUACGGCCGCGGCCCCAUUCACCCUGCUGCACAGCUGGCCAUGUACACCUCACAGGUCGGAUACAGCCUGUUCCACUUCACCUGAGAGUGAGCAGCUUUAUAGAAACAUAGAGUUGUGGAGCUUAAUGGGAAGGUUUUUCUUUUAUAUAAGAGCAUACGUCAACUCAUGCACCUUAUGAGAGACGAGUCUGGCACAGAUCUGAAGCUUCUCAUUUGAUGAGAACAUUUACUUGUGUUGGUCAUUUUGAGAAAGACUGCGGAUGAGGAUGAGGACACAGCAGCCCAGUCCUGUUUGUCAGUGCUGCAUAUAUAUUGUAAUGAUUGAUUUGUCUGAUCUUGUGUCUCUGUAUUUCCUUUCGCUCAUUACCCUUGAAUAUGCAGGAAUAUUUGACACUCCUUUGUGAAAAAUGAGAUGCUACAGUCGGAGAGCCAACGAGUCAAGUGCAUGCUUGUUUAAACGGAGACGUUUAUUUAUGGGAGUCUUUAGAAACCUCAGUUUUGUGUUGCAUAGCUACAAUUUACUAUACUACAAAGGUUAGUAUUCUUUGUUUGACUUUAAAUUAAAGCUUCUUUUUUUUUAAUCCUGUUAUUCUGUAAAUACGGAUUCUGGAAAAUGUCCAAAAGAUUGCGUCCAAUGUCCAGAGCAACCAGGUGAAGGGUGGCGUCCACUAGCUGUGAAUUUUUCAGAACUUUAAUUGUUGUGUUUUCACUUAAGCUCACUCAGGCGUUAUGUGGGAAUUUAACUAGGAGGUUGACGUUUGAGGAGAACUGUGAGUGUCUUUACAUUUGUGUUCUUACAUACUGCCUCUCUGCGGAGAAUUCACUAUGAGCAGCUAUAGUGUGUUGGUCGUCUGCCUCAUCCACCAUUAGUAUCUCUGUGAUUGUUCUCACUACAUUCUCUGGGCCGAGACUUUCCCACAAAUGCUCAGUGUGGUUAGAAAUAAUAGCACUAAUAUUUGUGAGGAAUCAGGGCAGGCAUAUUUGAGAUGCCUCGACUCUGCAGUCGUCCGCCACUGUAACCACAAGCCAGAUUUAUUCUUGUUUAUAAUUACUGUUCUGGAACAAGUCAACAUAAACGUUAUUUGUCCCGAUCGUGCUGUUACUGCUAACACCAGCUGUGUCCCUCGUCUCAUCAAGUGUUCCUGACUUGUAAUGUCGAGAGCACUUUGGCUGUUCUUUGUCCUGCACUUAACUGACAAUACACAUUAUGCUGGAUUUCUAAAACUUGACCAGAAAUAAUUAUAGUUUUCAUACAUGUUGAAAGUGAAUAAGUACGUCUAUGCCCUCAGCUCUCCUUGGGAUUUACUGUACUACCCAAAUUAGGGUGUAAAAUCUGCAAUGUUAGAGUGUUUACAUGACGUCAUCUGAUAUUACCCUGAAUUUAAACAAAUGCCCCUUGACAUAGAAUGAAACGUCUUUUUGUUUUCUUUCUGUAAGUGUCUUUAUGUUUAACAUAUGAUCUUAACAGUUAAUUUAGUGCUUUUCUAGUGAUAUUUUCUAUCACAUCUUUCAUACCCACACACACACUUUACUUAAGGUUAAGUGUCUUCUCAAAGGACACGGCGGCAUGUAGAACCCAUAACCUUCCAGUUGAAAGACGUCUCGCUCUGCCGCUGAUCCACCGUCGACCCCACAGUGCCCACGGCUGUGUGCAUGUAUGGGUGGCCACAGUGAAGAGUUAUACAUUUUAAUGAAUAUUUAUCCAGCCAGAUUUCCUCUCAUGAUGUCAAAUUAUCUUUUCUGAAAAUAGCAUAUCUCACGUCGCCUUAAUUGCACGUUGCCCUUUGAUAUCACGGCAGUUGAGUUGUAUUCGUGCGACGCGAGCAGUAUUUUUAAAUUGUAUACUUGCAGUGAACCUGGUCUCUCUCUGUGAACUUUGUAACGUAGCAUUACACCCGGCUGUCACUUCGCAGUCAGUGGUGUAAUUGUCCUUGUCUCUGAAUUCUGACUCCACAACACUGUGAAAUUAUACGUGUAGACUGGGUGA